AGGAGAAAACAAGAACAGGAUCUUUGAAACUGUUCUCACCUUAUGAAUGCAAUAUUAACAUCGGAUCAAUCUUUCAUAUUCAUUUCAAAAAAUCGAAAACCCUAUCCUCCAUUUUGCAAGUGAUGGAUUUCAUGGUGAAGCUUUCAAUAUUGUUCGUAACCUCCGUCAGCCUUUACUUGCUCAUAGUUUUACUCAAAGUCCUCCAUGAAUGCUGGUGGGUGCCUCGCCGUAUACAGCGUAUGUUGAAUUCGCAGGGCAUCAAAGGGCCACCUUAUGAGUUCAUCCACGGCAACAAUAAACAAGUUAACAAAAUGAGGAAGGAAGCAUUAAGCAAACCUUUGGGGUUGACACAUGAUAUAUUUCCCAGAUGUUUUCCUCAUGUUCGCUCCUGGCUCAACUUAUAUGGGAAGAAUUAUCUUACCUGGGACGGUGCUCAAGCUCAGGUGGUGACUGUUGACCCAGAACUAAUCAAAGAGGUUCUCAAAAAUGGAGAACAAAUUUUUCCAAAAAGGAAGCCCAAAAUACUUGUUAGCAUGCUAGUGGGGGAAGGGCUUCUUACAAGUUUUGGAGAAAAGUGGGCAAAGCAGCGCAGGUUGGCCAAUUAUGUGUUUCACGGGGAGAGCUUAAAAAACAUGACUCCAGCGGUAAUUGCUAGCGUUGAGACGAUGCUGGACAAGUGGAAAGACAUGGAAGGAAAGGAGAUCGAAAUAUUUGAAGAAUUUAGAUUGUUAACUUCAGAAGUGAUAUCGAGAACAGCUUUUGGUAGCAGUUAUUUGGAAGGAGAAAAGAUUUUUGACCUGUUGAAGAAGCUGUCAGGAAUUGUGGUCCAAAAUAUGUACAAAUCCAGGAUUCCCAUUCUCAGCAAGUUGUGGAAAGAUACUGAUGAGAUAGAGUCCAAGAAGCUUGCCAAAGAAGUAGAAGAUUCAGUGAUGGAGAUUGUUAAGAAAAGAGAAAACAAAGUUGGGAGUGGAGAAGCUGAGAGCUUAGGCUGUGAUUUUCUGGGAUUACUAGUAAAUGCCUUUCAUGAUUCGGAUGAAAAGACGAAGAUCUCAUUGCAGGAUUUAAUAGAUGAGUGCAAAACAUUCUAUUUUGCUGGACAAGAAACUACAAAUUCUUUGCUUGCUUGGGCAGUUUUGGUUUUAGCAGUCCAUGGUGAUUGGCAAGAGAAAGCAAGAAGAGAGGUGAUUGAGAUAUUUGGUAACCAAAAUCCACACUCACAAGGCAUUGCCAAACUCAAAAUCAUGAGCAUGAUCAUUUAUGAAACUCUCAGAUUGUAUACUCCCGUAAAUGGGCAAAUUAGAAAAGUUGCGAGCGAUACUCAAGUGGGAAAGCUAGUCGUGCCGGCAAAUAUAGAGUUUUGGAUCCCAAACAUGGCACUUCACCAUGACCCUAAUCUAUGGGGAGAAGAUGCCAAUGCUUUCAAACCGGAGAGGUUCGAGGAAGGGAUUGGGAAAGCAACCAAGUAUAAUGCUGCUGCCUAUAUCCCAUUCGGAAUGGGACCGAGAACUUGUGUCGGGAUGAGCUUCGCAAUCAAUGAAACAAAGACGGCUCUUUCCAUGAUUCUGCAGCGAUACUCCAUUGCUCUCUCCCCCGCCUACGUCCACUCCCCGCUGCCUCUUAUCACGCUUCGCCCACAACAUGGGAUUCAAGUCCUACUCAACUCGAAUCCGUCAAGUAACCUCAAUGAUAAAAAUAAAUGUUCUCCAUAGAAAUUUUAGAUUCGAACAACUAUGUUUACAAGGUGUGUAUACUUUAUCAAUUAGUUGAAAAUUCUAAACAUAUAUUAUAUUAUAAUC